AUGAGCAUCGACUUCAAGGCCGGGCUCAAGAAGGCAGGGACGCGACCCGGCCCCGAGCCCAAGGCAGCUGCCGCGCCCGAGAAAGUGGACUUCAGGGCCAUGCUGGGUAAGAAGGGGGGCGGUGCUGCGGCACCCAAACCGGGUCCCGGAGCCGGAGCUGGGGCAUCGCCCGCCAGCGGGGGCGCCUCUGACUUCAGGUCCAUGCUGAAGAAACCAGGAGGAGCCGGAGCCGGACCAGCACCAGGACCAGCAGGACUCAAACCCGUCUCCAAGGACAAACAAAAUGGCAUCAACGGCGUGGAGAAGUCUGCACCGACACCUGACAAGAAGGCACCGCCGGAAAAGAAAACAAGCAUCGGGGACAAGAAGGCGCCCGCCGCCGCCGAGCCCAAGAAGGAGGAGAAGGUGGUGGUGGAGAAGAAGGCUCCUGCUGCCGCUGCUGCUGCUGGAGGGAAGCAGCCCAGCUUCGGCAAGGCGCCCAGCGACGUGACCGUGGCGGAGGGCCAGCGGCUGCACCUGCAGUGCGAGGUGACGUCGGACCCUGCGGCCACCGUCACCUGGGCGCUGGACAACAAGGUCAUCAAGGCGUCCAAGUUCAUCGUCCUGGCUCAGGAUGGAGGGAAGUGUUCCCUCACUAUUGACAAGACCUUGCCCGAGGAUGCUGGACGCUACACAUGCAAAGCGGAGAAUGCAGCAGGCAAAGCCGAGUGCUCCUGCAAAGUCAUCGUCUCUGAGCCCACAGAUGCUGCCACAGGUGACAAGAAGUCUGCGCCCACAACAGAGAACGAGGCCCUUAUAAAGAAGAAACAAGCUCCCAAAUCUCCUACCAAACAGGGGUCGGGUCCUCAGGUGACCCAGUUCCCCAGCGAUCAGACCAUCCUGGCGGGGAAGAAGGUGGACCUGCUCUGCAACUUCACUGGUGCCGCGCCCAUCACCUGCACCUGGAUGAGGUUUAAGAAGCCAAUCCAGUCAGGAAAUGCGGGUAUCACCAUAGAGACCACGGAGAACAGCAGCCUGCUGACCAUCGCCUCCAGUGAGCAGGACCACUCGGGCAGCUACCACGUGGAGCUGCAGAACAAGUUUGGAACUAAAAAUGCCUCGCUCAACCUCUCCAUCGUAGACAAGCCAGAUCCCCCAGCCCGCGUGCCAGCGGCCUCGGACAUCCGCGAGUCCUCGCUGACCCUCUCGUGGUACGGCCCCACAUACGAUGGUGGCAGCAUCGUCAAGUCUUACAACCUGGAAAUCUGGAACUCGGUUGACAAGAAGUGGACGGAGCUGGCCUCCUGCAACAGCACGUCCUACUCGGUACAGAAGCUGCAGCAGGAUCGCGAGUACAAGUUCCGGGUGCGCGCCGUCAACAUGUAUGGAGUCGGGGAGCCCAGCGCCGAGUCUGUGGCCGUCACCGUGGGAGCGCAGCAGGUCAAAGAGACAAAGGGAGAAGAGGUAGAGGCUCCAGAUGACAAUGAUGAGAAAGAGCAGGAGUACAGAGAUGUGGUGGUGAAGAACUGCAGCGUGAAGGACUACUAUGACGUGGAGGACAGGCUGGGAACAGGCAAAUUCGGACAGGUCUUCAAGCUGGUGGAGAAGUCCACAAAGAAGGUGUGGGCGGGCAAGUUCAUCAAGGCCUUCUCGGCCAAGGAGAAGGACAACGUUCGGCAGGAGAUCGACAUCAUGAACAGCCUGCACCACCCCAAGCUGGUGCAGUGCAUGGACGCCUUCGAGGGCCAGAAAGACAUAGUCAUGGUCUUGGAAAUGAUCUCUGGUGGCGAGCUGUUUGACCGCAUCGUGGACGAGGACUUUGAGCUGAGCGAGAGGGAGGUGAUCAAGUACAUGCUGCAGAUCAUCGAUGGCGUGGCCUUCAUCCACAAGCAGGGCAUCGUCCACCUGGACCUCAAGCCCGAGAACAUCAUGUGUAUCAACAAGACCGGCAGCAAGAUCAAGCUGAUCGACUUUGGUCUCGCCCGGCGGCUAGAGAAUUCUGGUGGCCUGAAGGUGUUGUUUGGCACCCCUGAGUUUGUGGCCCCAGAGGUGAUCAACUAUGAGGAGAUCGGCUACGCCACGGACAUGUGGAGCAUUGGAGUCAUCUGCUACAUCCUGGUGAGUGGUUUGUCCCCCUUCAUGGGCGACAAUGACAACGAGACCCUGGCCAACGUUACCUCCGCCACCUGGGACUUUGAGGACGACUCCUUUGAGGAGAUCUCCGAGGAGGCCAAGGACUUCAUCAGCAGCCUCCUGAAGAAGGCCAUGAAGGCGCGUCUGACCUGUGUGCAGUGUCUGGAUCACAAGUGGUUGAAGCAGGACACAGCCAAGAUGGAGGCCAAGCAGCUGUCCAAGGAGGCCCUGAAGAAGUACAUCCUGAGGCGCAAGUGGCAGAAAACAGGAAAUGCCGUGAGAGCCAUCUCCAGAUUCCACUCCAUGGGGAUGCUUGGGGGCGGAGCCGGGCCCAAGAAAUCACCCACGGAUGAGGAUGCCCCAUCUCCGUUCCUGGAGAGUCUGGAGGACGAGUCGCGCACCCCGGCCGCCCCCACCUUCAUCACCGUCAUCCGAGACGUGGAGGUGGUGGAGGGCAGCGCUGCCCGCUUCGACUGCAAGAUAGAGGGCUACCCGGACCCGGACGUGGUGUGGUACAAGGACGAGCAGCCCAUCAAGGAGACGCGCCACUUCCAGAUCGACUACGACGAGGACGGCCACUGCGCCCUGGUGAUCAGUGAGGUGUGCCCCGACGACGACGCCAAGUACACCUGCAAGGCCGUCAACCGGGAGGGCGAGGCCAGCUGCACGGCCGAGCUCAUGGUGGAGUUCAUGAACGAGGAAGGGGAGGAGGGCGAGGAAGAGGGCGGCGAAGAGGAGGAGGAGGAGGAGGAAGAGGAGGAGUAAAUGGAGGAGGAGGAGGGGGAAAGGAUGAAGAUGGAAGAAAAGGAAGGGAGGAGGAAUGAAGGAGGAGGAGGAGAGGAAUGUAGGGAGAAGAGGAGAUGUGGACUCUUAUAGGAGGGAUGAUGAUGAGGAUGGUGGUGGUGGCGAUGGUGAUUUCUCCUUCUUGAUAUAAAAAGUUCUUAUUUCGGUAAUGCUUUACUUUACGGUACAGUUAGCAUACGUAAUUACUGUGUACUUUCUGGGUAAUAA